AUGAUUUUAUUUUGCGGGCUGAUAAGCCUCGCCUUUGGCCAAGAUCCGCCGGCUUGUACAUUUACUCAAUAUCCUGCUGAACAAGGAGAAGGAGUUGACGCAAAAUGCGUGGCUGCCCCUGUUUAUGACCCCGAUUUCGGUACUUGUACAAACCCACCAAGUGGAACACCGACAUUAUAUGGAUCUGUUAUGAAUAAGGCCAAUUCAAUCGCGAGAGUCUUCAAGAAUUACAAUGAUAUGCACGAAGGAUUCUAUGCGGACAAGUUUGAUCUUGACCUUAAUACCUUUAAUAUUGAGUCCGUGGUGGAUGGACGAAUCUCUUACUGUACGAACAAUCCUGCUCUCGGAAGUGAAAGUGGACAUUGCACAGAAAUUCAGCCAGCGCAACUGGCUCAAAAUUACUUUUACGUCGACAGCGGAAGUUUGAAGCUCAGCAAUGCGGUGGAUAUGAAACUAAUUGGAGGCCCUCGACAUAUGAUCAAACUCAAAACAACUAGCAACUGUUUCAUUUACUACAAAGUAUUCAUCUUCCCCGAUCCCUCCCAGCCACUUGCCGGGGAAAUUUCUCUUCUCGAUAGCACCCCAAGCAACAGGAUUCUCGAACAUCUUGGUCUGCCAACAUCAAGUCUGAUCAAUAAUGGCUUCGAUCCUCUUUUCAAAUUGGAUAUUUAUGAUAACGUCUUUUGUGCGAUCCGAGAUGAGUGUAGAAUUUCUAAUGGCAUUUGUCUCUAUUCAAGCACGGAUCUUAGUGAAAAAGUGGCCGCUGAUAUGUGGGGUAUAAGCACAACUUCUACUGAGUUUGGAAAUCCUAAAAUUGUUUCUGGCCCGAAAAUUGAACUCGGUCAAAGUUCUACCAAAGAGGCGAGUCUUGCUGAAAUGGCAAAACGCUGGUAUUCGCAGGAUGAUUCGGGCAACUGGCUCAGAUUCGCCCCACAAUCUCCAUUUUGUACGAUAGAUGUUCAAUUUGAUUGGAUCUCGUACCCAGGGAGUACGCUCGUCGAUGAUGUCAAUAAAAAAGAAAUCCUGACAAUCGACGAUGUGAACAUCGAAGGAGCAUUUCAGAAUAUUCUCUUAGCUGAUGCUAAUAUUAGUUCCAACUUAUAUUUCCAGUAUGAGGCAUAUGCACGUGAGCAUCCUACUGAAAUUGAGUCCUACUUUCAAGACCUCGUUGGGAUCCAGGAUGUGGACGAUUUGCCAGCGAUUUUUGUCGAAGAUCAAAGCUGUCAAUCAUAUCUUGACUGUAUCAGUACCAUUGGUGACCAGUUUGAGAUUUUUCAAUCCUACGAAAAUUGCAAAACUGGAGAAACAUUGCUAACUAUGAAUACUGAUCUUUUCGUGGUCGAUGGUGACCGACAGAUUGACAACACAAAUGUUGAUUAUGAGCUGCUUCCAUCAGCGAGUUUUGAGCUCUCAGGCUCGGCGAUUUCCUGCGCCACUGCUCUUUCUCCCGGAAAACAUGAGUUCACGCUGAAAGCUGUGCAGGACGACCGAGAGGAUAGAACUUCUUACUUGACAGUAGUGGUCACUAUUGAAGACCCAGAUGUUGACUGGAGUACAAUCAUCACUACUCCUGAUGACACCGCCAAUUAUGAAUAUAUCGAUGCUCCGAGCUACGUUCGAAAUACAGAGGACCAGUCGGUGUUUAAACUUUCAAUUCCAGUCUUUCCUCCAGCUGGCCAGGAGGUCAUUCUCCUUUCCAAGACUCCGGGAUACAUUUUCACCGAUAGCUUUGAGCUUCUCAAAACAGGAGGAAGCAGCACUACAUUUUCGGACACGGUGGAUUUGGUCGUUCAAGUCUUGCUUCUUGAAAAUGGCGCGGUUAUUGCUCGAGAAGAUGAUCUUUCUUUGGGAGUUUUCAAUAUUGAAGAAAAAAUGUUCACAACAACUGUGGAACCAACGACUCCAGUGUUUACUGAAGCUUCCACUGAAGCUAUCACGUGUGAACCUUGCGCACCGGUUGUGACUUGUCCUGAACUGACCACUGAGACCCCAGUUACUUGUCCAGAGACCAUAACAUGUCCCGAGAUCACUUUCCCCACAGUCACGUGCCCCGAAAUAACUUUCCCGACCGAGCCAAUCGUAACUUGCCCCGAGGUCACUUGCCCGACUUACACUUGCCCCGAAGUAACUUACCCAACAGAACCUACCGUCACCUGCCCCGAGGCUACAACUCAAGAAUGUCCUGAGGUCAUCUGCCCGACUUUUUCACCAAUUACUUGCCCAACGGUUACGACUCAAAAAUCAGAGACAGUGUCAUGUCCAGCAUGUCCUGAAGCUACUUGCCCAGUGGUGUCAACGACAGCACCAGAGGCAGUUUCUUGCCCUGUCUGUCCAGAAACCACUUGUCCAGUAGUGACGACAACGGCUUCUGAUACAGUAACAUGUCCUAUCGUUACCUGUCCUACUUUUUCGCCAACAACCCCGGGACAAUGUGAGCCUUGCGUAUGCACAACAAAUGCUCCUCCAACGACAGACGGGGAUGAUGACUGCGAGCUGUUCGAAAUCUUGACAUAUGUGAUGAGCGCUCUAACAGGCAUGUUCCUGAUCACAACGAUCGUUUUCUUCGUCUUGUGGUGCAGAGCGAGACGCGAUGAUGACGACAAUGAGGCCUGGGUGCCGGAAUCUGAUAAUGUCGAGGAAGAAGGAACUGAUGAUGAUGAGCCAGUAAUGGAGCCACUCGAGCCAAUCGGAAGACCGGAAGUCAAAGUCAACGAAACUCUAGUCCAGGAACAGUACGAAAAUACAGCGUUUACAUCUGAAGAACCGAAACCGAAAGUGGUUCCAGUUCCGGUUCCAAUGAGAGAUCCAUCUCCACCUCCAGCUGAUUCUCCCGCCGUUUCGAGCCGUGGUGUUCCCGCUCCAAUGGUCGUUCCAAUGGCUCAAGCUCAUCUCCCAGUCAGUGACAAACUUCAAGACCCAAUUUACCAUACACUGGAGGACCAUGAAGUGACUCUCAAAGGCGUUAUUAAAUCUGGAAAGAUUGCGAGUGUCCGGGAAGUGCUCUUGCGGAAGGACGGCGACACCAAACAUGCAGUGGCGGUAGUGCUCAAUGUUGAAUUAGCGACUGAUAAGACCUUUGGAGAAAUCAACAAACGCAUUAGAAUUGAUACACAAAUUUCCGAAAUGCGUCAUCAAAAUGUGCUGAAAUAUUUCGGAGCCUGGUGCGAAGUCGACAAGCUAUUCAUGGGCUACGAAUUAGCGGAGAAAGGAAAGCUGGACGAGCAUCUCCGCCAAACUCGACUUACAGGCAAUGCUGUUUCGAACAUGUCCAAUUAUCAAAUUAUGAAAAUCCUGGUCAAUAUUGUCGAAGGCCUGGCGCAUUUGCACAGCCGAGGAAUAAUUCACGGCAACUUGCAAGCGAGCGUAAUCUACCUGACAGAAGAAAACAUUCCCAAAAUAGGCAAAGUAUGCAAUAACCAAAUCAAAUCCAACGACCGCAAUUUAUGGCGCUGGUGGGCGCCAGAAGUAUUCGAAAAUGGCCAGAAGCAUUCGCGCGAGGCCGAUAUUUGGGCGUUUGGCGUUGUCAUGUGGGAAGUGUGUACGUUUGGUGGACUGCCGUACAAUGACGUUGAUUUGGAUCAACUGAGUCAAUACGUCAAAUAUGACAGACUUGGCAUGCCGAAGAACGUCUCUCCCGAAGUCUACACUUUCAUGACAAAUUGUUGGAAGAGCGACCCGCGACUGAGGCCGGACGCAAACCAACUGGUGGCGCUGCUGAGCGAGCGGCUUGUAGACGACCAAUCAUACGCCUUUUUGGAAAGACCACGGGACUUCCAACAUGUUCCAACAACCGUCCAAGCUCCUUCCGUGAAGGAAACACAAGUUUACUCAGACACUAUCUCACGUUCUGCCUUUUAG